AUGGAACGCCCCAAUCCUCUCGCCAAUUUCCUCUCAACUUCUCUCCUUACCCAGGCAGCAAGCAAAUCGCCCCUCGAAACGGAAGGCGGGCUCUCUUCUUCCUCUUCCUCUUCUUCCUCUUCUUCCUCUUCCUCUUCUUCCUCUUCCUCUUCUUCCUCUUCCUCUUCUUCCUCUCCCUCUUCUUCCUCUUCUUCCUCUUCUUCCUCUUCUUCCUCUUCUUCCUGUAGUUCUCUUUUUCUAGACGCUGAAAAGUUGCGGUCAAACACUGCUCUGAGGCAACUCGCCGCCUACCUGCUCGAGCAACAACGCGGCUCGCCAGGCGGUACCCUCUCUUCCUCUCCUCAGCCUUCUUCUUCUCAGCCGUCUUCGUCUGAUUUGUUUUCUGAGUCUUCUUUUUCGUCGGCACGCGACAGAGAACGGAGCUGUGGCGGUGCGCGAGGCAUCGACGCGGACUGGCUACCCGUGCUGGGAGGGGGGAGAGAGAGGCGACCUUCAGGAGAGGGGAGAGGCCGUGUCUCUUCCUCUUCGGACAGCGAGAAGCGCGAAGAGCUGUCCUUUGACCAAGGCGAAGAAGAGGGUUCGUCUGCUCUCGUCUAUCGCCAGUUUGGAGACGACGACGACGGAAACGCUCCGCUCAUUCUCGGGCGUGCGCGCGGAGCGAAGCGAGCUGACGAAGCGUGUGUGGAAGGCGAGGACGGCCACGAGAAGGCGAACGCGACGGGUAACGAUGCAGCCCGGGAGGGAAAGAUCAAACUGCGGCCUGUGCUCCAGCCAGAUCCGAGAGAUGUCCAGGCACCCUCGAGUGACACAAACGGACGCGCGGAGGAAGGGCAGAGCGACGAAGACGAGGACGAGGCUCUGGAGCGCACGCUGAGAGAGCAGCUGGAGAAGGAAAUCGAAGAAGGAGGCGACUUUUACGACUCCUCGGCCGACGAAGAGGACGAGAAAUGGGUUCUGAAACACUUGAGGGUGGGCGAUAAGGCCACCGACGCGAUCCUCUGCUGUCCCGGAUGCUUCACGCCUGUCUGCUAUCAGUGUCAAAGGCACGAGAAAUUCCUCUUUCAGUACCGAGCCGUCUCUGCUUGCAAUGUCGUCGUCGACUCCACGUCCUCUGUCAGGCCGAGACACAACGGCUCUCGGAGACACAAAGGACGCGCUGCCUCGCCAAAAGAGAGAGAAGCAGAGAGAGAAGAAGCAGAGAGAGAAGAAGCGAGCGAACGAGAACGAGAAGGAGAAGAAGAGAGAGACGGAGAACGAGAAGAAGAGAGAGGAGGAGCGAGAAGAGAGGAGUUGAGUUUUGUUAAGCACCUGCAAGAGAUGGUGAAGGACGACCCUGGCUUGGACGGAGGCGCAGGCCAGCGGCGGGAAAGACAGAACGGCGCGACAGCAAGAAGAGCUGGGUGGGAAGAAGAGAUCUUUUGCGAGGGUCUGGAAGGCCAGUCCGCGCACCCCGUCAAGUGUGUGACCUGCAACGCAACUGUUGCCCUGUUGGACGAAGACGAAACUUUCCACUUUUUCCACGUGCUCCCCGGAGAAGCCUGA